AGCUGCGCGGCCGAGGGGCUGGAGGCGCGCCGGGCUGCUGGAGGCGCGGGGGUCGGGUCACCUUCGGCGCCGCUCCAGGCCGGUCCCCGCGUCGCUGCCGGGCGCAAGAGCCGCGCCUCGCCGCCCAGGGGCAAGAUGGCUGUUCGGAACGUGCUGCUGACCGGCUGCUCCUCGGGCAUCGGGCUGGCUCUGGCUGUGCGCCUGGCCAGAGAUGAGCUGAAGCGGUUCCGAGUUUUUGCCACUAUGAGGAAUCUAGAGAAGAGGAAAGCCCUGGAGAAGGAAGCCGGGCCUGUCUUGGACAACACUCUGGAAAUCAAAGAGCUGGAUGUGAGCAGCGAGGAGUCGAUCCGGCGCUGUGUGGAUAGCAUCCCCCAGCGCAAGGUGGAUGUGCUCGUAAACAAUGCCGGAUUGGGCAUGAUCGGCCCGGUGGAAAGUCAGAACAUGGCUUCUGUGCAGCGCCUCUUUGACACCAAUUUCUUUGGAGUGGUGCGCCUGAUCCGGGAAGUCUUCCCUGACAUGAAACGGCGGAAAGAGGGCCACAUCGUGGUGACGAGCAGUGUCUUGGGGCUACAAGGUCUCUUCUUCAACGACUUCUACUGUGCCUCCAAAUUUGCUGUGGAAGGCUUCUGCGAGAGCCUGGCCCUACAGGCCCUGAAGUUUGGUAUCAACAUCAGUUUAAUUGAACCUGGACCUGUCACAACAGAGUUUGAGCAGAAGCUCUAUAAAGAGGCAGCCAACAUAGAUCUCUCUGCAGUGGAUAAAGAGACACUGGAUUUGUUCCAAGGCCUCUACUUGACCUACUCCAAGGAUGUCUUCACUGCACUGGGGCAAUCUCCAGAAGAGGUGGCGGAGCACAUUAUGAAAGUCAUCACCUCUGAGAAGCCUCCGUUUCGAUACCAGACCAACAGCCUCUACACCCCCAUCACCACCCUCAAGCAUGCAGACCCCAGUGGGGUCCUGCCCCUCAACGCCUUCCACCAGAUGAUCUUCCAGCACGACCGUCUCUUCAAAGCCAGCCUCAGUCUUCUCAAAAUGCUUCAGUGGAGGAAGAGGCGGGACCUGGACCAUACGAAGUCCCCUUGAGAAGAUGCUGCCCUGUCCGGCUUUAGAGCUUUGUAUGCCCUGCUUAGGACACUUUCCACUUUAAGGCUUCCUAGAGAAUUUCGCAUUGAGGAGUUUAGUGCCCCCUCCCCUGCAAGGUUGGUCACACAUCCCAGAUGCAGGAGACCCCCCCCCCAACAACGACAACGACGCCCCCCCCCCAGCAAGGUGAUCUCAUCAGGCACUUGAUUUCGAACACCUUUAAAAGUGGUGGGCAAGUAUGAUCCAUGGGGCACCAUUCCCUGGGGAGAUAGGGCUGUUCUCGGCAGAUGGGGCCCCAUAGAUUUGGAUUUUCUGCCUCUGGUGCUUGAACGAUUGGGACUUGUAAUGGAAUGUUUUAUCCGUACCUACUUAAAGCUUCUGAGCUGUCCGGUCAGUAACAUUUAUUUCACCAAAACUGGACAGCAUCAGAGCUUCUAAUAAGGUCUGAAAAGGAAGAUAUCCUUUUGAGCACCUGCACCUUUUGAGUACAGAUUAUCUGUUAAUGGGUUAUUCUUGUUUAACUCUGUCCCAUCAAGUUACACGGAAACUACUUUUAGAGUUUAGGUGUUUAUUCUUUAUUGAAAUUAAGCAAGAUACUAAAAUACAAAUGCAUAUUAUACUAAAUCCAUAUUAACAUAUACAAAUAAUAUAAUAAAAAUGAAUGCAUACAAUAUAUACAAUAAAAAUUUACACUGCAAUCCUAAAGAGAGUUACUCCACUCUAAGACCGUUGAAAUGGGCUUAGACUGGAAUAACUCUGUUUAGGAUUGUACUGCUAAUCUCUUAACAUUUCUCAGUCAUAACUAAAUAUAAAUGAUUUAAAAUCAGGGUAUAUUUAAUCUACCAUGAUAUGCAUUAGAAUUUCAUAAACACAGACGCAUUUCUCACAUAAAAUCUUCUGUGUGAAAUUUCCUUUGUCAAAAUCCUAGUCUCUUGGUGAUAUUUUUUUUAUAUUGAAUGUAUAGAGACCUCUCUAAGAUCUAAGAUGUCUGGGCUAAAUUUAAAACCCGAUAGAUAUCAAAACCUUAAAGACAAAUGCAGGAAGAUAACACAUAUAUAAUCACACCUAAACAAACCCAUAAAUCUUUAAACAGUAGCAUAUUAAACCUGUACAAGAUAAAAACUAUAAAAUCUCUGGCCAAUGUAUUUCAAAGGCGGAUAAAGUGAAGCUUUUAAAAGUUUCGAUGGAAAGUUAGCCAAGAGGGUGCUGGAAGGGACAGAGCAAAUUUGAUGGAGCAUUCUUCUUCAACAGGGUGCUCCUGGAGGACCUCUGAUUCUGGGCAAGUCCAUAUAGAAGAAGAUGGUCUUCAGGCAUUUGGGGCCCAAGCCAUUUGAAACUUUAAAAGUCGUGUUGUGAAUUGUCCCAGAAACAAACUGGUAAAGCACUGGACUUCGGUGCAGCAGGUUCCAGUAAGCAUUCCAGCUACUACCUUAUGGCCCCAGUUGACCCUUCCAAGCCACCUUUGUAAACGGACCCAGCUACAGCAGUCCAGUUUGGAUAUUCCCAGGACAUAUGCAUUAGUGGAGAGGUAUCUGCUUUACCUGGGUACAGCUAGUGAGCUGGUUGGGAGCUGAUGCCUGUCCCUUGUUUUAUGGAGGGAAGAGGACUUGAAGGUUGUUCAACUCCGCCUGUUGCUGCUGUUUCAUUGCUUGCAUUGCCUUAUAUGGAAUCAGGCCCUUGGUCCAUCAAGGCCAGUAUUGUCUGCUCAGACCGGCAGCUGCUCUCCAGGGCCUCAGGCAGAGGUCUUUCACAUCACCUGCUGCCUGGUCCUUUUUAACUGGAGAUGCCGGGGAUUGAACCUGGGACCUUCUGCAUGCAAAGCCAGUGCUCUGCCACUGAGCCACGGCCUCUCCCUUGCUAGUGGGAGAGGGAGCUCAGGAGCAGAGUCAUGAAUCACCCAGGUGGUCUUGAUUCCUGCGGCCAACCAGGAGCCCCAGCAGUCUGCCUGACAUGUUGGGGGGAAAUUCCAGAGCUGUCAAAAAACACUUUGAAGCCAUCUCCAUUUCUGGAGGGUAAAUCUUUUAAAAUUAAUCUUCUGAGAGCUAAACUGCACAAGACAAAUUAUACUCAAGUGAAGGAAGAUGCAAUUUUAGCUGGGAAGCGUAGUUUAAAUUCCACCUCUCUCUGCAGAGAUUGCUCCUCAGAGGGUUUGUUAAUUUCCUCUUCUGCUCAAAGGGGAGGAGAAAUUGACUGAGCCUUGAGGAAAUGAACAAACCCUCUGAGGAGCAAUCUUUGCUGGCUCUGUAGAAAGAGGUGAAGUUUAAAUUACACUUCCCAGCUAACAUUGCGUCUCUCUUCACUUGAUCAUCUUCGUGUAAUUCAUCUCGUGUAGUUUAACUCUGAGUCCCUCCUAAAUAAACUAUGCUAAACGUUCCAUACCCACGUUACAACUUUUCAAGCCCAUACAGAAAAUCCGGUUGGGCCUCCAUUGGACCUGCUGUAACAAGUAUGGGGGCGGCACAAGGUUUUUAAAAGGCCCCUCCCAUUCCUUGAAGGUGCCCUGGGGAAUGACUGACUGUAGCCAUUUGCGAUCUGAAGUGGUGUGGAAUUCGACCACCUCAUUCUCUGCUGUCCAGAGCUGAGUUCCUUCAUCAGCCAUUUUGCUGGACUGAGAGGAACUAAUUUUAGGAGAUGGAGUGGAAGGGAAAGGAAAGAAGGAAAUGGCAAGAAAAGAAGCUGCUGGUUUGGUUUUGUGAAAGCAGUCGCUAAGGACUAAGGCAAGGGGGGAAAUGGGAAGGGGGCUUGUCCCUUAGUACAGACGCUUGAGAGUUAGUGUGAUGUAAGACUUGAAGGGGAGAGAGGCACCACUCCCGUGUGAAGGCCACUGAGAGACUUUCCGUGCAAUCCUAAACAGAGUUAUUGCACUCUAAGCCAGUUGAAAUCAAUGGGCUUAGACUGGAGUAACUCUACUCAGGAUUGUUCGAUUUGAGUCGGUGACUGCCUCUCAGCCUUAACCUACCUCACAGUACUGGUGUGAGGAGACAAUGGAGAAAACCUGACUUCCUUAGAGUUAGGGAUGAAUAUAUAAUAAAGUGUCUUGUGUUGAUGAUCAAC